CGAUGGCUGCGUGGGAGGCCGCCGAAAUGUCCUUCUUCAGUCUGAGCGACGUGAGAGAGCGGAUGCGGGAGAAGAAAAAGGGUGCUUUGAGGACUGCGAAGUUGAAUGCCUCGCUUGCAUCGAAAAUCAAGACGAAGAUCAUCAACAACUCCUCCACUAUGAAAGUCUCCCUAAAGCAGAACAAUAAAGCAUUGGCUCUAGCCCUCAAUGCAGAGAAAGCCAAUGCACAGCGGCUCACCCAGGAGAAGACCGUCUUACAGAAGGAGGUGAAGCAGUGCCACUUCCAGAACGCUGUGCUGCGGCACAGGCUCUCCUUCCUGAAUAAUAUGUUGAAAAAAAUGGACAAUCUUAUGGCUGCAGUUAAGAUGGCCGAGCUGUCUGAGUUCCAUACAAAUUCUCCAUCCUUGGUCAGUGGCCAGAAGAGCAGCAUGACUGAAGAUAGCUGGGCUGAUGAUAUUGCAGAUGGUCACUUGCAUUCUGGGAAGAUGAUGCCAAUGAGAGUGCCCAUUUCCAAGCUGUAUGAUGCAGAGCAGCAAGCUGGCAGCUCCACAGUAGCACAAACAUCCUCAGGAGAACUUCAGAGAUCUGUUUCUAAUGAGACCCUAAAAACUGUGCCUGUUGCCUCCAAAGAUACUUUGCCACCACAGCACGAUGAGAAGCUCCAGUUCCACCAAGAAGAGAAUGGCAAGAAGGUGACUGAAGCAACAGCAACAGAGGAGGCUUUUCAUGACUGUCACAUCUUUGGAGAGGUCUUGUGCACCACUGAACAAAAUCCCAACAAUUUGCCAGCACUUGCCUGGGAAAGUCAUACUCUUUCAUAUGAGGCUGAUGAGAUGGUAAAACACUUUUUUGAUCGUCCCUCACAAGGGCACGUUACUCUGAGGAGAAAGCGUUCCACCCUGUUUGCUACAAGCACUCCAUCUUCUGCUCUGGAUAUCUUACCACGUGUCAGUUCCACUCAGGCAGCUCAGGGUACUACUGCACAGGACAACAGCAGUUCCAGCAAGAACAACACACAGCAACAGCUGAGAUCUCCCAGCUCCCUGGCUUCACCUGCUCAAACUGCUGUUAUUUCUCAUAGAAACUCUGUGGGUAAAGAGACCUUCUGUGAGCAGCCACAGACAAAAGAAACGGAGUGUGGUGUUGAAACGGAUCCCAGCUAUAGCCAAGCCCCUGAGGUUUUUCCUGUAAAGGUUAAAAGCAAAGGUAACUGUAAAACCAGAGAGAAAAAGACUGGUAAGAAAGCAAGAACAGGAAAAAAGGAAACAACUUCAAUUAAAAACAAUGCAGAAAGUAGUCCUGAUAGAUCUCAAGUUGAAGAGUGUGCUCAAAAUACAAAGAAACUUCUUCAGCCAAAAGCUGCAACAUCUUGUAGUGAGACUGAAGUCUGUGAGAUGGGGCAGAAGGCAUGUGAGGGGGCUUUUGACAGGAAGAAUAGAGACUGUGGUGUGGAGCACCAUUCCCACUCUCCUGAAGGAGUCCAAGACUUUGCAAGUACAUAUGAGGUGAAUCCAGCACAGCUGCAGAGUCUUGAAAGAGUUGACUUAAUGCAACAGGUUAAGAAGGGACCUAUCUUUGAGAUGCAAAGUAUGGAGAGCUUGCCAAAACCCCCAGUUCACACCUUCUCAAGUCAUGAAGUUCCCUCAGAUGAUUUCAGUCUACAAAAUUCUACAAAAUUCUCAAGUGUGAGUAGAAAGAGCAUCAGACAGAAAAUCAACAGAAAAACUAGAGUAAUUGGGCAAAGAGAUGAUUCUGAUGAGGAAUAUCUGCCAAACAGUGUGAUAAUACCAGAGGCCAAAGGUGAAGAACAGCUUAAAAUAAACCAAAGAAGCAGGAAGAAUAGUGUCAGGAAAAGCAAUUGUGAUCAGGGAAAUGAAGUUAAUGUUUUUAGGCCCUCGAUAGAUGUUCAAGGAGCAGCUAAUGAGAGCACAAAGGAUUUGCCAGGUAAUCUUAAACAGCGCAGGGAAACGUAUAUUGUCCAUCCUUUGAAUCUUGCAGGAAACUUGGGUUGUUUCCAGACAGAAUUUGAAGGGGGUGAAAAUAUUCUUCCCAGGUCUCUUCCUGGGAGCAAAGUAAGCAAAAUCCCCAGAGCUGCUAAGAGCAAUAAAAAACAGACAGGGGGCCUUCAAAAAAAAGGGCAAGGUGAAGUUGACAACACCAUGAAUGCUUUGAAAAAAGAAGCCUCUUGCAAACCCAUACCUCAGAGGAAGAGGAGCAACUCUCGACCUCCAGAGACUGAUUCUCUGGCCAGAAAAAGUGAUGGUGCCAAGGUUCUCAUUGGAAGUACCACAGGACUUGCAUCCAAGCAAACUGUCCUGAUGGGGAAGUUUUCCUGCAUUACACAUCUGCUGUCUGAGCCAGACACUUUCCUGGAUGAGCAGCUACCGGACAUAUCACUUGCAGAUAGUCUUACAGACCUUUCACACAAUGUUGAAUCCUCCCAUGUGAGCAGUUCUGCAGUUCUGCCUGUCAGCUCCAGACUUACAGAAGUACCAAUUUCCAAGAGCUUAAGUACUGAGGGCAAGAGAAUGCCAGAAAAAUCACAUGUUGGGUUGAAAAACUCCCUGAUAUUUAAAGAAAAGACUGCAGAGGACAUAGCUGAGGAAACGAACCAAGUCCAGUCAAGUUCUUGGAGCUCAUCUUCAGAGAAAUCUGAUAUCAGGCCACUACGGGACUUGAACAAUACCAGGGUUCUGUCUCCCUCCAGCUCGGAGGAAGCAUCAGGGCGCUCAUCCCGGCGGAAAGUGAAGCCAAUCUGCUACAAAGAGCCACCACUCGGGAGGAAACUGAGGCAGGGUGACCCAUUUACAGAUAGCAAGUUCCUCCACUCUCCUCUCUACAAAAGAAAAAAGAAGCCUGUCAACACCAAGGAAAUGACCAAGAAGAUGAACGAGAACAAAGAAUCACUUCCUGAAGGAUGUCCCAGUGCCCAGGCAGGCAAGUUCAUAACAACAGAAAGGAGUCAGGAUUAGAAUAGUGGUUGAAAGGCAGCCCCAAGCUCCUAGAAACUCGUGCGUUUAGCUGCAGGGCUCCAACUUUGAAUGCAGAGGCAUGAGCAAAGAUGGAGGUGCCUGACCAGACAGGUGAACUAUUCCAACUAAGGCAACCCAAGGACCAAUUUGAUAAAUCAAGCCUUGUACUGUGGAUUUCUUCCGUUUUCAAAUCUUUGGGACUCAUGGGUGGGGAAAGUGGUUCAUACAAAUUGAUGGAUGUCUGUUUUAAUGGCCCUUAUGUGCUGUAUGAUUAGCCCCUAGUUAUCUUCUGCUUCCUUGCUGUUCUCUCCCCCUGUCUGCCAUGUAAAACUCCAUUCAGCAGAAGAUGAGCCCUAUACCAACCAACAGUAAGGAGUAUUUGAAACAGAGGCUAUGUAGGACCAGACCUAAGCAUGUCUUGUCUCAAACAUUCUGAGUAUUGCUACAAAAAAGGUGAUCAGAGGAGAGGGUUCCAUGGGACAGAGCUAUUUAAAAA